CCUGUAGCUUCACUCAGCCAGCCAACCACUUCCGGGGUCAAAUAGUCUAUGCACCAAGUUACAGUAAGAGCGAUCUCUUGGUAUUUUGCCCCUGUAAUAAAUAGCGCAUUGGCUCUCAAAUAAUAAACCAUUUUUCAUUAUUUUUCUAUCAGUUUUAAUUACCUUAAAAUGGUAUUUUACUUCACAAGUGCCGGGGUGAACCCUCCCUUUACGAUCUAUAUGGGAAAGGACAAAUAUGAAAAUGAGGAUCUAAUCAAGUAUGGAUGGCCUGAAGACAUCUGGUUUCAUGUGGACAAACUGUCCUCAGCUCACGUUUAUUUGAGAAUGCCAAAAGGGAAGACCAUUGAUGAUAUUCCUCCAGAGGUGCUGAUAGACUGUGCACAGCUGGUGAAAAACAACAGCAUCCAAGGCUGUAAAAUGAACAACAUCAAUGUGGUUUACACACCCUGGGCCAACCUGAAGAAAACAGGAGACAUGGAUGUUGGACAGAUUGGUUUCCAUCGGCAGAAAGAGGUGAAGAUUGUAGCAGUGGAGAAGAAGAUCAAUGAGAUAGUAAACCGUCUGGAGAAAACAAAAGCAGAGCGCUCCCCGGACCUGGCGGCAGAGAAGGAGUCAAGGGACCAAGAGGAGCGAAACGAGAAGAAAGCGCAACUUCAGGAGCAGAAGAAGAGAGAGAAGGAAGAACAGAAGAAGAAAAAGGAAAUGGAAGAGCUUAGGAACUAUUCUUCACUGAUGAAGUGUGAAAACAUGAAAACUAAUGAGGAUGGCUACGAUUCAGAUGACUUCAUGUGAAGGUUAAAAUAAAAACGGCGAGCAGACGGACGAUCUGCUAUCGGGAUGAUCCCCUGCUGCUUUGGCUUGCUGUGAUUAUGCACAGAGAUUGAAAUAAAAAAAGACAAAUGGUUACUUUUGCUUUUCGACACUGGGAGCAGAAAGCAAAGCACACAGAAGCGGCACGACACAUUGCAGUUCAGAAACUACUUUCAAACAGAGCUGGCUGACCUCUUCAUCACAGGAAGAUAAUGUAUGACGACACAGCUCAUCAGGAAUGUGGAGUCCUUUGAGGGAAGGAGAAUGCUGAUAACAGAACAAUGUUUGGUGGUGGUUUCACUGCCAUAUAGAUGAUAUGUUAUUUGUAUGAGUGCAUUUGUUUUAAUAACUCUGUCCAGCAGUAUUAAAGUGAAGCACCAAAGCAACCUGCUCCCCUUUUUCAA